UAGACAGGAGCGAGUGCGCGCUCCCGGUUCAACAAGUAUCUUCCAUUUACAGUUCUUCUUUCUUUCUUUCUUUCUUUCUUUCUCUCUUGUGUUUUUUUUGCACGCGCGUAUUCGAUCGUUAAAAAGUUACGGAAUUCAUUCCAACAUGAAUAGCAAGCGAGGAUAAGUGUUAAACCUGAUUGUUUUAGGGAUAAAAACGCAACAAAGCAAAAGAAACGCCGAGUUUGGAGGACCGUUAUGUCCCGUUAGGAGAUUUAUUAACGCGCGAGCCGAAGAAAACUCUGGAGUUUGGAGUUUAUUUCUUCUUCACGGAAUUUCCUUUUAUCUCUAUUUUUUUGGUCCAUCUUGUGGUGUGCAUGGGCUGUCGGUAAGCUCGUGCGCUCCGCGGGAUGGGAGCGAGCCAGGGCAAGCAGAGCGGGAGUGAAGGGAAGGGCAGUUCCAGCAUUUCCUCCGACCUGAGUUCAAGUACGGAUCAGACGUCGACCAAAGCUCCGAAGAAUGUGGCUACCAGUGAAGACUCGGACGUGAGUAUGCGCACUUUGAGCACGCCCAGUCCUGCUCUCAUCCUUCCUCGCUCUUCACCUGCCUUCUUCAAUGGCUCCUCUUUGUCUUUUGCUCCUGAGACUGUUGGUCUCACUUACCCUCAGCGUGGCAUGUGCCAAUCCAAAGACCACCAUCAGGGGGCACCUAUCGACAUGCUGCCUGACCAUGCCUUUCUGCAGAUCUUCGCCCACCUGCCCACCAACCAGCUCUGCCGUUGUGCCCGUGUAUGCAGACGAUGGUAUAACCUGGCAUGGGACCCCCGGCUCUGGAGGACAGUGCGUCUGACUGGCGAUGUGGCACAUGUGGACCGGGCGUUGCGAGUUCUUACGCGUCGUCUAUGUCAGGAUACACCAAAUGUAUGUUUAACUGUGGAGAUGGUGGUGUUGAAUGGCUGUCGCAGACUUACAGACCGUGGCCUUUACACAGUAGCACAGUGCUGCCCCGAGCUGCGGCGCCUCGAUCUGGCCGGCUGCUACAACGUGUCCAAUGAAGCUGUGUUCGAGGUGGUCUCACGAUGCCCAAAUCUGGAGCACCUGGAUGUCUCAGGAUGUUCGAAGGUGACGUGCAUCAGUCUGACACGUGAAGCGUCCAUCAAACUCUCUCCUCUUCAUGGCCAACAGAUCUCUAUCCGCUACCUGGACAUGAGCGAUUGCUUUGCUCUGGAGGACGAGGGUCUGCACAUCAUCGCGGCUCACUGCACACAGCUCUCGCACCUGUACCUGCGCCGCUGUGUGCGCCUGACCGACGAGGGUCUGCGUUUCCUCGUCAUCUACUGCCCGGCAGUGCGUGAGCUGAGCGUUAGUGACUGCCGCUUCAUCAGUGACUUCGGGCUGCGCGAAAUCGCCAAGCUGGAGGGUCACCUGCGCUACCUGAGCAUAGCACACUGCGUCCGCAUCACUGACGUCGGAAUACGCUAUAUCGCAAAGUACUGCUCCAGGCUACGUUACCUGAACGCCCGAGGCUGCGAGGGCCUCACGGACCAUGGCAUCGAGCAUCUGGCCAAGAGCUGUCCCAAGCUUAAGAGCCUGGACAUCGGGAAGUGCCCGCUGGUGUCGGACGCCGGGCUGGAAGUACUCGCGCUCAACUGCUUCAAUCUGAAGCGCCUGAGCCUGAAGGCAUGCGAGAGCAUCACGGGCCGUGGGCUACAGGUAGUGGCGGCCAACUGUUUUGACCUGCAGCUUCUCAACGUGCAGGACUGUGACGUGUCGCUCGACGCGCUGCGUUUUGUCAAGCGCCACUGCAAGCGCUGCAUCAUCGAACACACCAACCCCGCCUUCUUCUAAAUGCUACAAGAAACAGUUUUUUUUAUUUUUUUUAAAUUUUUUUAUGAAAUGUCCAUUCGGCUGCAGCUAUGAUGACAAUCUCAUUUACAUCAUGCUAACAAGCUCUUUCUAUUCAGUUAGCAAUUCUAGCACUUUGGGGUUCCAGGAGGUAAGGUCUGUAUACACUAAGACGACAUAUUUGCAUCUAAAUGCCAAAGAUUGAUCUGAUCAUCUUGAUUACUGUCACUACAGAUCACUUGAUUUAAUAUAAAUUGAAAUAUCUUAAUGUAUGCAGACCUUAAGUCUGAUUUUGACAGUUUGAUUUUUUUUUUUACACUUUCAACGCAUUUUAGAAUAUGGCUGUUUUUUAUGUUUGAAUUUUUUUUUUUAAACAAGGACUCGUUUUUUUAUGCGUUUAACCCAUAUUUAUGCUUGGUUUGUAUUUUCUCAUACCUUCAUCCCCCUACAUUUUACGUUAAUUAUAUUACAGAGAUCAUGUACAGAAGAUCAUGUUUGUUUGUUUGUUUUUUUUUAUUUUGGAAAAGGGAAUGAAUUUUCAAGCAAAUAACGUCAUACUUUCAUACUUGAUGUCAUUCAUCAAGCAAACACACCGUUCACACACAUUAGGGCUGAAAAAACGAAUCAAAACAUUUGAUCAGUUGCUUCAUGACAUCUCAGUACGACUACGAUGAACUUCAUCACAGCGCCAUUUUCACCACAUAAAAAGGUGCAAACACAAUAGUGAUAAUAAAGAUAUCAAAGCCAUAUUAAAAACUAAAUAAAACAA